AUGGCUCCAGCAACGCCGACGAUCGAGACGACCGACGUGCAGCUCCUCGAGGACGCGGUGGCCGGCGAUCCGGAUGCCAUGGUGUCGCUACUGCACGCGUUCAGGAAGGAGCUCGCGACGAACCAAAAGUUGGUUCGCGACCAGCAGCGACAGCUCGCGGCGCUGCAAAAGGCGCACCAAGACCGCUUCGAGGCCCUCGAAGACUCGUACCACGACAUGCAAGACCUCAUGGACGUCCAGCUGACGGCGCUCGGAAAGCAGCGCACGCGUUUGCAAGCGCAGACUACCGUGCUCGACGACCUGCUCGAGGCGCAAGACAACGACGCGUUGCACACCCCGCAAAGCUCGCUCGCACCGGCGCCCAACAAAUCGCCGAAGAAGCGUGUGACCGCGCCGGUCGCUACGGCUGUCGCGCCCAAGCGCGCCAAGAUGGACAUUCUCCCAGCAAAGCAACCAGAGGAGGCGCUCGAGUAUUGCUGGGACCUCGGCCGCUGCGGCGCGCUGGCCUCCAUCUCGGACGAUCGGCGGCUUGUCAAGACGACAGCGAACGGCUGGAACGUGGUCAUGGGCGACGGCAUGACCAAGGCCCACAACACGAUAGCUUUGGGCUUUACGACCGAGCCCGAUUUCUGGCGGCAGCCCUCGGCCGCGACGAAUGUGUUUAACUUUUGCGACGCUGGCUGGUUCCUGAACGUGCGCAAGGGCACGCGUUGCUCGCGCGACGGCCACGACGACUCGGCUUUUGCGACCAGCUUGAAGAGCGGUGACGUGCUCACGGUGGUCUUUGACCGACCGCUGCGGACGAUCCGGUUCUUGCGCAAUGGCAACGCGCUCGGCAGCUCGCUCGGCGUUGCUUACGCGGACAUUGCCGAGACGGAGCUGUACCCGGCGCUCGUGUCGUACGACCGCGGCGUCGGCGUGCAGUUGGUCUAA